AUGAUAGGCAAUCCAGCAGAUUUAGCUCUUAUUCGUAUGCAAUCCGACGGACUGAAGCCCGUUGAAGCGCGUGCCAACUACCGUUCUGUGAUUGACGCUCUUUCUCGAAUUUCAAGGGCUGAAGGAAUCGGCGCAUUAUGGGCCGGUGCGACCCCAACCAUUGUUCGAGCCAUGGCCUUGAACUUGGGUCAACUUGCUUUUUUCUCGGAGUCGAAAUCCCAAUUGAAAGCUCACACCAACUGGUCUUCUCAGACACAGACUUUUGCGGCUUCUGCUAUUGCUGGUUUCUUUGCCAGUUUCUUGUCUUUGCCAUUCGACUUUGUCAAGACUCGUCUGCAGAAACAGCAAAAGAACCCUGUGACUGGCGAGCUUCCAUACAAGGGACUCGUGCACUGCGCCCGUAAGGUCAUCCAAGAUGAAGGCUGGCUUCGAUUCUACCGUGGUUUCGGAACUUACUAUGUCCGUAUUGCGCCUCAUGCGAUGGUGACCCUUAUCGUCGCAGACUACCUGAAUCUCAUCACCAAGUAA